CAUAGUUCACGCUCUUGUGUUGAUGACUGACCCGUAAACAAGCCGACGCGAGUUAAACAGCGCAACUCUGAUACUAGUUCAUCUUUACUUGUUUAACCCACAUUCAUACGUCAGUGUUUCACCAGGUGUCUGUCUGCGAGGAUGAGAAGCGUGUUGUCUGAUCUGCAGAUUCUGACGUGAUGACUCUCCUCUGGCUGCUCGACGGGUAGCCUACAUGCUGCAUGUAUGGCGCAGACCCGGACGUGCGUCUGUCACCCUCUCCCCGCUUUGGAACCCGUUCUGUCAUCUACACGUCAAAAGACAGUUGGGCUGCAGACUCUCCUGGAGACACGUGCGAGGCCGGGGGUCCUGGUCGUGUGGUGUCGGCCCACUCAGGUUUCGAGUCGUGUGCCACCCCAACAUCUCCAACUUUAGUACGUCGACGUGCCGUGGGUCGAUAGACCUGAGAUAUCACAUGUCUCGCCUGCGUAGCGCGCUGGACUCAGUCUCUAAAGUGGUGAGUGGAACGCAAGUGGAGAUUCGAUCCCGAAUCGGACGACUCAAACCGAGCAGCGAUCGAGAGGCUGAAGCGAAGGAGGCAGGUCAAGAAACACCUUCAGAGAAAGAGCAGGAGAGAUUCUACACCUCUGAUCGACCUCAGGGUUUACCCGAGACUCCGCCCUCUGCCCCGCCUUCCACCACAACUGGGACCUUCGAACAGAAUGAGUUUAGAUUGACAGACACUUGUCAAAGUACCAAUAACAUUACUGCUACCUCCCAGGCUGCCACAUCACGGGACAAAAACACAGCCCCGGUCACGGCCCAGCAGACCACACCCCUUUUCCAUCCUGGGUCCCUCAGCGCACAACUGGGCGAGACUUACAGCUAUGUGUCUCAUCAUAUUAACUCUUAUUUUGUCAGCUUGAAUAAAACAGAAAAGAUUAAAGACAUCGCCUCAUCCACGCGGGGGGAUUCGAGAAAUGGACAUAAAAGUUCUUCUCUUGUGCCUGUGAAAGAAGUCGAACCUUCAGUCGCAAGUUCUGCUGUCUCUGUCAAUAAAGGACUCGGGAAUUACUUCAACUACUCGUCAACGAGCGUCCAAGCGUUUGUAGGAAACUACAUCACCCCGCUGGUUCCCAGGUUCAGAAGUGAUGGGAAAGUGCAGGCAGACAAACCUUCUCAUCCUGAGAACGACACUAAACUGAAGAAAACGUCGAGUAAAGAACAGAGAGAUGCAGAUGAAAGAGCCAGACGUCUGCUGCUCCAGAGAGAGAAGAUCAUUGCUCGGGUGAGUGUGGAUAACCGGACCCGUGCUCUGGUUCAGGCUCUUCACCGCGCGUCAGACGUGCGUCUCUACAUCAGCAGGGUGGAGGAACUCAGUCUUCAUCUACUGGAAUUUCCAGAAACACGAUCUGUGGCUAUCAAGGAAAAGGUUAUUCCACGUCUGCUCCGCUUGCGUCUAGAGAGCGACGCGUCUCUGAAGGCGGCUGUGAGGGAGGCUUUGGCUCUGAGUGGCUACAUCGAGCCGGUGAAGAACAGAGGCAUCCGGAUCCUGUCGAUCGAUGGAGGAGGAACCAGGGGUCUGCUGGCUCUUCAGGCUCUUCACAGGUUCGAGGAGCUAUCGGGACGACCCAUCUACCAGCUGUUCGACUACAUCUGCGGUGUCAGUACAGGUGCUAUUUUGGGCUUCAUGCUGGGGGUCUUUCAAAUCCCGCUGAAGGAGUGCGAGGAUCUCUACAGGAAGCUGAGCUCUGACGUAUUCAGGCAGAACGUGAUUGUAGGAACGGUGAAGAUGGGAUGGAGUCACGCCUUUUACGACAGCGAGAUCUGGGAGAAAGUCCUCAAGGAGAAAAUGGGCUCGGAUAUUCUCAUCGAAACAUCACGUAACCCCGACUGCCCAAAGGUGGCAGCAGUGAGCACAGUAGUUAACAGGGGCCCUCCAAUAAAGGCCUAUGUGUUCAGAAACUACACCCUGCCGCCCGGUGUACGCUCGCAUUACCGUGGAGGCUGUCACCACAAGAUGUGGGAGGCCAUCCGCGCCUCGUCCGCAGCCCCCGGAUACUUUCAAGAGUUUGCGCUUGGAAACGACCUACAUCAGGACGGAGGUUUGCUGAUCAAUAAUCCGACGGCUCUGGCCAUCCACGAGUGUCAGUGUCUGUGGCCAGGCGUUCCGCUCGAGUGUGUCGUGUCUUUGGGGACCGGACGCUUCGAGACCUCCGGUAGGAAUAGCGUCGCCUACACCAGUCUGAAGACCAAACUUUCCAACGUCAUAAGCAGCGCCACAAACACUGAAGAAGUUCACACCAUGCUGGACGCUCUUCUCCCUCCACACACGUACUUUCGUUUCAACCCGUACAUGAGCGAGGAGGUUCCUCUGGACGAGAGCAGAGACGAGAAACUCCAGCAGAUGCAGACUGAGGGGCUUCGGUACCUCGAGCGAAACCAGGAGAAAGUCAGACGAGUCGUGCACAAGCUCACGCGAGACAAGAGUUCCGUCCAGACGCUGACGGAGUGGCUUCGACUCAAAGCGUACAUGUACAAGGGUUUGUACAAAGUGUAGGACGAAAACUACCUCUCCAUGAAAACGUGCUAAAAUCUACAGUCCCGCACAUUUCUCUUGCGCAAUAUUAAGAAGAUAUUUACCAUUACAACCUUCACUGGGGUUUAAUAGUCCAGACAAAACUCAACGUGCUUUAGGAGGAAUUAUUAGAUCUUUCAUUAAUUUUGUUGUAAAUUGACAUAAAAACUAAAGAACUCCCUUAAAGGAACAGUUCACCCAAAACUGACUGACUCGGUCACCAUUCACGUUCAUCUGAACAUCCUUCCGUCCACUGACAGCAAAUCAGGGUAAAUUGGGCAGAUAUCUUAAAAUCACAUCAGGUUUUACACGAAGCCUUGAAUGAUUGGACAUCACAGGAGACCAUCUUUAGUUUUAUAUCACAAUUUCCGAUAUAAAAAUUCACAAUUUCACUUUCCACUAUUUUCAAAUUAAAAUGAUUCAAAUUUGAUUGUAAAAACCAACGUAAAACGUUACAUACAGUUUAGAAGACAACACUGUUUAAUAAAUAUGUGCCAUGCUAUAAUCAAAUAUAUAUGUGAUGCUGCCUAUAGUUUGAAUGAUAUAAAGUAAGCUCUAAUAUGAUCUUUUUCUAAUAUUCUGAUUCUUUAAAAAAACACAACACUAAGAUUUCCACAUUGAUUCUUAGAUAAAUUGCCACUAAAAUAAUUUCAGCUCACUGAUGUGAGAGUUCUUCUGACCAAUCACAGUCUGGCUCGUCCACGGGUUAGUGACAUAAUACGGUCCAGAUGACCUGUGUCAGCACUGUGACCGCUCGCAUGUUUGAUCAUUUAUUUAUGAAGCACUUACUGUAAUUUUGUGUGAUUUUUAAACAGGCCAGAUGUUGUUUUAGUUUGGAGGCUUUUAUUUUGACAGGCCUCACAGGUCUCUAUAUAGAGUACAAAACCUAAACAUAUGGAAGCACUUCAUCACGCCACGGCUGAACGUGAUUGAUUCAUAUGACUCUUUCACACCUGAUACUUGAAGAUCAACUCAUUCUGUUUGUAGUUUUAUCAAUCUGAGGUUUUAUUUAUAACAUGUGCAUUUGACUGUUGGGAUCAAUUUGUUUUAAAUUGAUGAAAUACAGUACAUACUGUAUGAAAUACAUAAGCUUUUCACAUAGUAGAUGUUUGAGCCGCUGGUGUGGUUCUGAAUCCGACGCGUUUGUUUCACACACACAUAAGUGUAUAAAGAUAUUCAAGCCGUGUUAUUGAACUUUAGCUGUGUUUAAACCAUUUAUAAAUGCAGGAGUUCAAUUUAAUAAAAGUUAUUCUUAAGUGCUGUAAUAGUGAAAGACACUCAAUUGUUAUCAUUUUUUUCUUAUUAUACAUAAAAACAAUUAUUUCAGAUUUUAUUUUCAUUCUACUGUUAUUUAAACACAAAUUAUUUCAUAUGUAAUAUGUACAUGUUUUCUGAUUUCAUCCUUGUGCUGUGGUAAUUCUUCCCUGCUCAGGGUUUUAAUGGUCAGUAGAUCAGCGUGUAAAUCAAUCUGUUUGUGUUUUAAUCCCUUUUGGGUGAAGUUGUGAGAUGAUGUGUUGUAAAUCAGACCCUAAAUAAGACUAAACCAUGAAGUUGUUUUUUGAGAAACAUCUUUGCAGUGUUAUGAAUAUAAAGACAUAUAUGAA